CGCGAAACCAUUACAUUUGCUGUUUCGCUUCAGAGCAGCGGUGAGUGAAUGUCAAACGUUGGAUCAUCUUUUCCAAGAUUAAAAUCUCUCAAGAUGUCCGAACCCGGUGCAAGCACUUCUCAAAAUGAAGCCAGCUCCGACAUUGAUGUAGAGGCAGCCACCCUCUUGUCGCAAGGCCGACGGAAUCUGCUGGUGGGCGAUCCGCCCAGUGCUGUGCAAACCCUUCAGGAGGCCUGCCAACUGCUGAGCGCUAAGUAUGGGGAGCUGGCCGUGGAGUGCGGCGAGAGCUACUACUACUAUGGCUUGGCCCUGCUGGAGCUGGGCCGCAUGGAGACGGGUGUCCUUGGCAACGCCUUGGACGGGGUGCCAGAGGAUGAGGACACCGAGGGGGAGGAAGAGGCUGCUGCUGGGAACAUUGAGAACCCAGACAAAGUAGAAGAGAAAGAGAGGGAGAAGAUCUUCCACGAAGUUCAGGAGGCCCUCGAGGCCAAGAAAAAUGAGGCCGAGGGCGAAGAGAGCGAGACGGACAAGGAGACCGCAUCCGAGAGGGAGGACGCCCAAAUAGAGUCCGAGAAAGAGGAGCCACCCCCGGCUAGCGAUGGAGAGAAGGCCGGGGAGGCGCCUUGCCCCAAGGAGGAGAAGAUUGUUGAGAAAGGGGUCGAGGAUCAGGUCCAAAAGAAAGAUGGAGAGGAGGCCACAGAGGAGAAGCCAAUGGAGACGGAGGAUGUGGAAAAGAAAGAUGAGGCCAAAGGAGAUGGGGAUGAAAAGGAAGACGCCAAGAAAGACGGGAAAGAUGAGGGAGCAGGGCCGAGCGAAGAAAAAGCAGAUGGAGCAGACGGGGAGGGAGAGGUAGAGAAAGGUGGAGACGAAGGGGAAGAGGAAGGAGCCAAAGCUGAUGGUGAUGAGGGGAAAGAUGAAGAUGUGUCCAACUUCCAGCUGUGUUGGGAGAUGCUCGAGCUUGCCAGAAUCAUCUUUUCAAGACAAGACGAUAACGAGUUCAAACUGAAAGUGGCCCAGGUUUACCUGAAGUUGGGAGAGCUGGGCUUGGAGACAGGGAACUACGCCCAGAGCGUGGAAGACUUCACUCAGUGCCUAGCCAGGCAGAAGGACCUGCUGGACAGUGACUCCAGAUUAAUGGCUGAAACGUACUAUAACUUGGCUUUGGCGUUUUCGCUUGACCAGAAGUUUGAUAAGGCCAUUGAGAACUUUGAGCAGUCUGUAGUUGUGAUUGAAAACAGAAGAGCUUCACUCGGCAAAAAGACGGAAGCAGAUAAACCUGUUUCAGAAGAGGACUUGCAGCAAGACCAGAAAGAAAUUAAGGAACUGGAAGCCCUCAUCCCUGAAAUCAAAGCCAAGAUUGAAGAUGCCAAAGCAGAGAAGACGGCAGUCGGACAGGCCAUGCGAUCAGCCGCUGCCGAAUUUGGUCUGGGGUCAUCAUCAUCGAGCUGCUUUCCCUGUAGUAGUUCCAACGUCACAGUCCAACCUAUCGCAGUCAAAAAGCCCGCCGACACAAAACCAGACGACGUCUCUCAUCUUGUACACAGAAAGCAGAGGAAGCCGGAAGAGGAAGCAGAGCCGGAGGCCGCUGGGAAGAAGAGUCGUCAGGAGGAAGGAGCUGGGGAUGCGUCAACGGCGAAUGCCGUAAAUGGAACCAACGGCGUGGAACAGACGGCCGUGAACGGUGACGCCAAAGAGUCACCAGAAAAGCCAGAAAUCAAGGUCAAGCAGGUCGAGCAGACAACCAACGGUUCCACAGAGACUGCUGCCAUGGAAACGUAAACUUGUAAAAGACUUUGUACUGUCCUGACUUUGUACCCAAGUCCUGUUUUUUUCCCAGUAUCUACUCAGAAAGGAGAAAUUGGAUUUUUUUUUCGGUUUCUGUAGAUAUACUGGUUGUUAGGUGUGUUUUCUCCGGCAGAUUUUUGACUCACAACUCAGGAACAUUUAUGCCCUACUUGCUUGAAAAGAAAUAUGCAAAGUUUUGAUACCUUGGUAAGAAAUCUCUACAUAUACAGUGUAUGCGAAAUCUCUAUCUGUUGCCACAGAACCAGGACACAGUAGUAAAAAACAAGUGUCUCUGAUAAUUAGAAAUAGAUCAGCCAGUGGUAGGGUUCAAAUUCUUCUCAUGGGAUUAUCAGGAGGAAUAACACCAAAUAUAUAUAUUACUUGGUCAGCUGGAUUAAUUGAAGAACUCAAAAAUUAAGAACAAAAUUUUGUAGCUAUUUUGUCCGGCGUUUGUAGGAGUGGGUCUCACUUGAUCCUGAAGUAUUCACAGAUAAGUAAAAUAUUCCCCCAUCUGUAGCUUAUCAAUCAACAUCCCAAGUUCCAAAAUUAAUUUUGACCCGAGUGUAAAAAAAUCAAACUGCAGAGAGUUUUUCUUAACACUUUGGUGCCAGUUGUUACCUGGCUUUGAUACAACACCAUUUCACCUUAAAAGAAAACUCUUCCAAUGGUUUCUUCAAGUGCAGCAUUCCUGAAACAGUUACCAAUUCUCCCAACCAACCCAAAGGUGUAAUGGUAAUCAAAACAGAAAAGUGUAUAUAAGUUACACCCUAAUUUGUGUUUUUGUGCUUGGAAAUGUUUUGAGUGUGCAACACUUAAAAAUUGUGUUCUUUCAAAACGAGGUAGUUAGAGGCACGGGCUGAAUAAUUUUGGUUGGUUGCAUCCCUUCCAUAUAGCUAUAUUUUUUGAGUUUCGACCUAGCUUUUGGGAAAUUCUUGUACACAGCAAAAAGAAAAUGAUUGUUUUUUGUGACUUUGAUAUUUGUAGUGUGCUGUACAUAUGUACCAGCUUAUCGUUGACUUGGACAACACUUGUUAUGAAAGUUUACUCCAGUGUUUGUUAUUUUGCAUAGCUUUGUUCCGUUAACAGUUGGAAGCCGCUUCAAAACCACUGUUGAUGUUGUCGGGAAUGGAAAUAAAGAAGUGAGCAUCGUUAAAUAGCUGAAACCACA